AUGCGCCGGAAAGAUGUAAAAUCCCCUUCGUCUUCGGAAUCCUCCUAUUACCCCUCUUCGCUGAGUUCAUUUUCAGGGCUCUCCUCUCCUUCACCUCGUUUGUCACCGCGCGAUCAUCUUGAAACUUUGAUUCUGAGGCACGGUUACCCCACUCCUGUCUCCUUGUCCUCCCUGCGGGACUUGACCUCCACCUCAUCAACUUAUAAUCCCCCUCCUUCCCCACGCUACCGCUCCGAUUCUCCUCCCACCGAAGCUUUUGAGUCUCUCGCUCUCUCCUCCUCCACUCGUCCAAUUCCCAUCCCCAGACGGGCAAUUCGGGUCUACGGCGACGAUCUUCCAAUCACUCCGCUCACGGGCCGUUUCGACCACGACGACUACUUUGACGAUUGGGAACGUGCCUCCUUGUCCGCCAAGUCCCGGCACGUAUUGCCUCGACCAUCCGGCCGCCGUGGUCGAUACUCAAGCAUGCGCUCUGAUACAUCUCCCUUCUACUCGCCAGUCGCUUCGCCAACUAUGUCGCCCAGACGGCCCAGUUCACCCCAACCUUCACGCUCCUCGCGUAACCAACCCUCAGCCAAGGCCAUGCCGGCAUUCCAUCUAGGAACCUUGCCCCGCUUCCACCCCGCGGUCUAUCAGCCCGGUCCUACCUCUCACACGGUGACGGGCCAACCACCCUCACCUCGCCAGUCCCGCCAAUCCCAUGUGUAUCGCACCACCUCGGGGUCUCGCGAGAUGAAAUUUCAGUACCGUGACCUCUUAGAUGCUUCAAGCCAGAGCCCGUCCGCGCCGCGCCUGGACCCACUUCUCAGUCCCGGCCCGGUCACUCCCCUUGCUCUCGAAGCAGGCGACUACCUCGCCGCCGGAUCCAUCGGCAAGGAUCUCGCCAUGCGGGAUACGACGAAUCAGCAUGUCGGACCCCCGCCAGACCUGGUGGAAAAGCUGAUUGCCCGAGAAAAAGAAAAGGCUCGCCAGAAGAGCCGCAAAUCUUCCAAGGGCCGAUGA